CUCUGCUUAAAAUCUCCGUUCGUAAUUAUUUCCCGCGUUUUAUAAGAAUCUCAAGUUUAUGGCCGCUGGUACUGAUUGUUCGAGGGUAUACGAUUGAUUUUUUGAGAAAUUACUAUUGGUCGAUGUGAUUUCAUCGGUACAAGUGACUCGGAGGAUGACGGUGUUAAACGUGAAAUUUUUAAUACUCGUGACGUUGGUGAGUUGCGGUGUUUUUGCUCGAAACACGGACAGUAACCACGAUCUCCUAAAAGAGACGCACAAGAAGAAGUACGGGGGUUCCAUGUUGAUGGAAAUCGCGAAGGAGCUUGUGCAAAGGUCCUCGAGUAGCAGUCAGGUGCUAAAUUUGAAUUUGUCAAAUUUAUUGCUGCUUUUGGUACUAAAAGCAAUCGUAUUCGGUGCUGGAUAUUUAGGCAACCACGGUCACAAAGGCCGUGAUCUGGAAGAAGAAAAUAUAAUAUCCGAAGGAGAGGUUGCGUUGGCGCUGGGAUAUCUAAUAGGAGACACGUGUUUGUACAGAGCAGCUUGCGAAGAACCACGCGUAGCAAAAGAAUACGUAGGUGCCGCAGAAAUGAUUAUUGAAACGAUGAAAUUGUUACCCCAAAGUAAGUCAAUCGAGGAGAAAUACGAAAAAACUCUGAUGGAAUUUCGAAAGGCCAUCGAACAUGGUACCAUCGAUGGUUGUCCACCAGAAUAUACUUGUAAAAAAGAGAACAUCAAGAACUUUUUGACGGAAGAAAGGAAACAAUCGUAAAAAUGUUGCAUGUUACAGUUAUUGGUUGAAAGAUAGUUAGCGUGUUUCGAUACGCGAAUGCGUAUUCAAAUGUACGACACUGAAAUAAAAAAUAAAAACUGUUUUCCUUACAAAAUUGUUUGUUCAUU